CGCCCUCCGCCCGCCCUUUCUCUUCGCCGCGCCUGUGGGGAGCAGCUGCGGCCGGCGCGGCCCCGCCGGGACCCGCCCCGCCCCCUCGCCGGGCACCUGCUCGGGGCGGAGCGGCGGGAGGCAGCGGCUGUGGCCGGAGGAGCGGCGGGAGGCAGCGGCAGUGGCUCCGGAAGCGGCCCCGCUGGCGCUUCAAGAAACUUAAACACGUGAGAGAAGAUGACAAGAUCUAGAUCAAGAUCACCACGAUGGAAACCAAGGUCCUUAUCUCCAGCAUUUAGGAUUCCAGAGCACCAUAGGCAAAGGCAUGCUCAUGUUAAUUAUGACUGUGAAUAUAAAAGCUUUCGUAAGGACCCAAAGAAGCCUAUGCCUUGGAGAAUAGAAGAUGAAAAAUAUGGACAAAGCAAUUCCAGGUUUGCACCUCAUGGAAACAACCACCAGAGAAUAUAUGAACGUAGAUCACCUUCACCAAACCUGGAGAGAAUUCCCAUGGAAGAUACUUACAGUCAUAAGCCCUACAGAACGCAUUCAUCUGAAAGAACUGAAAGCAACAGGAGAUGCCAGUUACCACCAAAAUACUCUGAAAUACCAUAUAAGGAGCAUGAUCGUCCGUUUUACCAACACAAAAUGGAAGACAGAUACAUGUUUGAGCACUACAAAGUCACUGGAAAUGAAAAAGGAAUGAAACCUUUUCAUAGACCAUUAGGGACUUCAUGCAAACUUGAAAGAAAAUGGUAUGAAGAUGACUUGAGGCACCAGAGGUUACAUGAAGAGAAGUAUGGUCAGUCACCCAGAAGAGUUUCUGAUGAAUUUACGGCAAGGAGCUCUUUACAGAAGAGGUAUCCUGAAGAUCACGAUUACAGAGAAUAUGGGCACACGUCUAAAAGGGCUAAAGAAAUGGAGAGGUAUGACGGUGGAGAAGUAGCAAGAAAUUCCAAGUGGAAGCAAGAACGUUCUCUUCCACCCUACCAAGAAAAGGAGGAGCAAAGAAAUCUGGGUGCCCAGUCCCACCGAUCGGCUGAGAGGGACUACUCGGAGGGUUCUGUCACAAAGAUAGCCUAUGAGUACAGUCACAAACGGCGCAGGCAUCUGGAUGAAGAAAAGCCUUUUUCAGACAAUAGAGCUCAGAAGUAUGUGAAGCAGGAAGACCAGAAAUACGGUUCUUCUAAGGGUGCCCGGAAUAGCAAGGAGUUAGAUUAUUUUAGCAGUGGAAGAGCGAGAUGGACUGAAGAAGGGCACGUCGAAGUACCUGUUAAAUAUAGUUCAAAGAAGGGCUGCAAUGCUUGUGUUAACUCUUCCAAAACGGAUGUUGAUCUGAGAUCUUUUAAAAACAAACCAAAGGAAAGAGUAAGGAAAGAAGGGGAAUUCAGGAAAAAAGUAGAUUCCUCCGAUAGCCAGCAUGAUUCAAGUCAUACUGUUUCAGAUAUGAAUAUGUCAGAUGUCAACUGUAGGAGGGAACGUCUCACAAUCAAAGUGGAUAUGAAGAAAAUGGUGACCAAGUACAGGACUGCUUCUAGUCAUACUACGGACAGACAGAUGUCCCAUGAUCUGGUUGCUGUUGGCAGGAAAACCGAAAACUUUCAUCCGGUGUUUGAGCACAUGGAAUCUGUAACACAAAAUGUUGAAAACGACCCAUCAAGAGAAUUUACUCAGGAAAUAAUCACAAUUAUCCAUCAAGUUAAAGCAAAUUAUUUUACAUCUUCUGACAUAACCUUACAUGAACGGUUCUCAAAAAUUCAGGAUAAACCAAUUGCGAAUAUGAAUGAAGUUAAAACACACUUGGAUCCAGAAAUUCACAGGAGGAUUGAUAUGUCUCUAGCAGAACUUCAGAACAAACGAACUGUGCCAUCUGAAUCUCCCCAGAACAUUAUGAGAGUGUUAGAAGAUCCAAAUGAUCUACGGCAUGAUAUAGAAAGGAGGAGAAAAGAGAGAUUGAAGAAGGAAGAUGAGAGAGUGUUUCAUGUAGAUGGUGUAACUCCAAGGAACCAGCAAAUCUGCAGUCUUUCAAAAUUGCAAAAUUCGCCUCUUGAUGGCUUCCAAAAGCCAAUGAGGUUCAUUAAGCCACCUUUCAGGAAAUUUAUUGGGAAACCUCACCUGAAUUCUUACUAUUCUUCAAAACCAAGUGAUACGUACCCUCACAGACGCAUUAGAGGACACCUUGAAAAUGCAGGACCCAUCAGAAGACACUUUAAGAGCAACUUUGCAGAUGGCCGUUUGCAAUCCCAUUAUAAAUCGGGCUUAGUACAGAAGGGUUUAUAUAUUCAGGCUAAGUACCAGCGGUUACGUUCUGUUGGUGUAAGGGGAUUUACCACUAAUAAAUUCAGAGAUGGAUUUUUGAGGAAAGAAAAGGGAAAUUUAAAUAUUGCAACAGAAACCUGAACUGAGCUGUAAUCCUGAACUUGAAACAGAUAACGCAGCAAAAGGAGCAUCUGUUUGUUUUUUGACAACUUUGUCGAGACUUAAAGUAGGAUAAAGGAACUAACCCUGUAACUUUCUUGAUUAAAAAUAACUUUAUUUUUCAGUAGUGGAAUGCUGCGGAACUUUUUUACAGUUUUAAUAAUUGCUUUUAAAGUGCAGUAUUCAAUUGAAACAUUGUAGUAUGUACCUUUAGUUCCUUUUGCAAACCAGUCUCAAGAAGUCAUUGAAGGGAGUCUUAUUUAUUAAUACUUUUUCUCUAAGCAUGAUGUUACAGAUGGAAGUUGAGUUGUUAUACCCAGAGGUUUAUAUGUUGAAAGUUUAUUGCUUAUGUAAUAAAAAAAGUAAAAAAAAAAGUGCCUGAAUUGUUUGGUAAUAGCACAUUAGCUCAGGAUUUUCCAAGUAAUGACCUUUUAGGUUGUGCAAUAGAUUUUACCCCUCUGUUCAGUCACUUUCAUAAAACAGUAUUUUGUAUUACGUUAGUUUAAUUACAUACUUGGGUUUCUGAUGUGUAUAUACAUUUGUAAAGUGUUAGAACACUGGGACAACUUUCAGUAUUUGUUUAAAAUGAAUGGUAACAGGCAGGUGUGUAAUGUACUCUAGCAGUAGCUUAUAACUGCACUGAAAGCAUGCUUGGGUUUGUUAGAGGAUUAGUUGGUCUGUAUUCAGAAUUAUUCUGUCUCAUUAUAUUUUGGUGUAUGACAUUCUUGACCGAGCCACAUGUUCUCUAAUCUUUUUCGUCAUAAAUGAUAUGGUGGUUUCCUGGAUUCUGAAAUUGGGGCCUGAAGUAUUUAAUUACAAGAAAAACAAAAAACGUAAGUUUUUAUAAGCAUGUCUUCUAACAAAGCUGUUCAUAAUUGAAACUGCUUUAAAUGCAGAUAGCUUGUAAUUUUGUUCAAAAUCCCAGUAAUUCUCUGAAGUUUAUUGUACUGCGAUAUUGUUAUGCUGUGUGCAAAACCCAAAUGUUUUUUAAGAGCUAUAAACAAUAUUGUGCUUAUUUCCUGUUUAUAAACUUUGCCUUAAUACAUAAUAUAUGAUAGGGUUAUGUGUAUGUAUUACAGAUUUGUUCAGGCUUUUUAUUGCCGGUAAAUUAAAGAUGCAUAGCAAGCAGUUUUCAGACAUGUUCUUACUUAAGAAAAAAGUUGUUCACCAUAUCCACAAUAUAUGCAGGCCAAUGUAUUUCCAACAUUUCCAAGACAGUAUUAGCCAUCUAGAAUGCAGGCUCGUCUCUGUUGUGGGUAGUAGAUCAGAAGUCUAAAUCUGGGUAGAGCUUUGCUCAGAGAAAAGGAAAUCUGGUUUUUGGGUGGCAAGUCAGGAUGUGAUUUUUUUGCAUGCUUUUUAAUAAUUUUUUCCCACAAUGCCUUCAGUAGAGAGACUAUUAGAAAGUGUAGGUAUGGCUCAGAACAGCUAAAAUAGUGUCACUUAGUCUUUGAUUCAUGGGGUGUACUGCUUAGUGUUGAUAGGGAAUAAACAAGCAGGAAGUGUGUCAUGUUCUUUGAUGUUAUGGUCAUUCAACAAUAACACCAGGUGGUUUAUUUCUAAACCCCAAGUUUUCAGUUUAAAUAACAAUCAUUAAUGAUUCAACUAGAUUUUCAGUAACUUUGACAUGGCUAUGCAAAAUGAGGAGCUAAAGGAGAGGAAUUCCCUGGUCAAAUAGAGGCAGGCAACUUUCUGCAGAUAAGAUGAUAUUUAUUUACUUAUGCUGUCAGUGAUGAAUCUGGCAAAAUCAUCCCGUGUAGGUUUACUGGGAGAUGAAAAUCAGGAAUUGAAACAACAGGUUAAGUGAGUCAACCCAAAGCAAAUGUGGAGCGCUGCAUGUACGCUGCAGGUGAGGGCAGGUUACCCUCAAGCCCACAAGCUAUUCACACUGCUCCUGAAUGUGCUAAAGCACUGUAAAACACAUAAGAAGUGAAACCAUAUAUGGUAUAGGACAAACUACUGAAGCUGUAUUGUCUUAUUCAACAGGAUACUACUGUUUCUGUAAGCUUCCUCCAGUGUUAUUAAAGCCUGGAAGAGAACUCCUUGUUGAGCAAAUGGGAAAAGUGGAUACAUGAAGAAACUCCUGACAUGGCAGUUUUGCUAACACUGUUUAGAAGUAAUGCUGAAGUAGUCAGACUUCAGCCAGUUAAUGCUGCUUUAACCAGGUUUUAAACUGUGACUGGCUCCUCUGAUCUUGUGCUUUCUUAUUGUACCUGUGCAUGACGAGGAAUCUCUGAUUUGUUUUGUACUUUAAGAGUUUAGCUUUCUUUGUUAUUUCUACAACUGUGAGCAACAUAUUACAAACAAGGGGUUUUUGGCAUGUUUA